GUGAGAUUUCCAGCCGUCUAACAUUUUUCCCAUUCCCGCACCUCCAUGAUUCGCUUGGCCGACAUUCAGUGCGCAUCUUGUUGUUUCCAAGGAAGAAGCCGUCAGGCCAGAAUUAACGAGAGAUAAUAGGGACAUUCCAGCCAUGCAGGGCAUGUCUUAUGUAUUAUCUUUGAUUCAUGAUACUCGCCACAAUUACUUUGCCAACCCACGCCUACUUCUACAAAUCUUGGUGCACCGUUGGCUGGGGAAAAGAGAGGUUUAGAGAAAUUUUCACUUGCCCUAGUCAGAGCAUACAUCCUGGUGACGGUCUUUUCAGAUAUUCAAAAGCGGCAAUUAUUGAUCUGCGACUAGCGGUGAUCUUUCCACUAUGGCCGACUUCAUAAUCACCCCGGAUCCGAAUUUGCAUUUGCCAGACUCGAACAAACGCGACCCUGAAGACUGGAAAUCCAAGACCACAUCUAUCGCCUCCUCCUUGUAUAAAGGAUUCAUGGAAAAUGGCCGACGAUAUCAAACCCUGAGAGCUGCUGGAUAUUUCAGCCCCUCAGACGAACAACAGUUUGAGACGUAUGAAAUGGACAUCUUGCAUGCCUUCUCAUGAACGCCGACGAACCAAAUCCACUGUACCUAGCACCGGUCCAAACGCCAAAGCAUGUGCUCGAUAUUGGGACAGGGCAGGGCUCAUGGGCUAUUGACGUAGCCGAUAUGUCCCCCCACGCUGUUGUCCGAGGUGUCGAUUUGUAUCCUCCGCCCGACAGUUGGGUCCCGCCAAACUGCAUCUUCGAGGUAGACGAUGUAUUGAGGCAGUGGACCUGGCGUUCAAAGUUUGACCUGAUUCAUCUACGGCACGGUAUUGGGGCCUUUACGCCGGACGAAUGGGCCUCACUCUACAGACAGUGUUAUGACAACCUCGAAGAUGGCGGCUGGUUUGAGCAGAUAGAAAUGGAUAUUCGCUGUGAGUGUGACGAUGGCAGCAUACCAGCGGAUAGUGUCCUUUUCACUUGGGGGCCUCGGUUCUUCGCCGCUGGCAAAAAACUGGGAAAGUCCCUUAAUAUCACGGAAACUAUGCGAUCAUCCAUUGAGAGAGCUGGGUUCGUUGACGUUCAUGAAAAGACUACGAAGUGGCCUAUUGGGGCAUGGCCGAGAGACAAAGCAUUGAAAGAGGCUGGCUUGGUCAAUAUUCAGCAUUGGAUCGCGGGCAUGGAGGGAUACUCGAUGUACCUGCUUACUAAAUUCGGAGAUCCGGCGCCAUGGACAAAGGAGGAAGUACUAGUCUAUGUUGCGGAAAUGCGGAAAGCACUUAAAACCCCUCACUUUCAUGCCUAUCAGCGCGCGAAGAGAAUCUGGGCCAAGAAGCCCCUGUCUGGGGAGAGGACCGUAACCAAUGAGGAUCCUGAUAUCAUCAAACAGGAAUAAAGUUUCUGUGAUGUUCAUAUAUGGCUACAGUGAUGGUACGGCGUUAGUCUUGACUUUAAUCAUCUGCUAAGUUCCAUUAAUCCCAAUUUCUCUUGGAGCAAUAUCAGAGAGGUGUUCUUAUAUACUCAAAAGCUUUUUGCUUGUGGGGACAAGAGGUGACCCGGCUUCGCACGCACGCGCAUAUCUGUACAUAGACCGUAUUGGUGGAGUUUGCGGCAUCAAACCCUAGCACCAAUUUGAAAUUGUUUGGAGGCAUCGUCGUUUCAACGCCACACUUUUGUGGCGCACGCGACUUUU